AUGGGUUCUGUAGCGACCACCGGAGACGGCGAGAGCUCCCACAAAGACGGCGAUGGAGAAGAGUGCAAUCCCUUGGACGGCGGCUCCGGCAAGUGGAUGUCCUCCAAGAUGAGAUUCAUGAGGAAGAUGACUGGUUCCGAUAAGGUCGCCUCCGGCAGGCCGAGAAAGAACGCUUUGGGAUCGAACGAUCAUCUCCGGAAGUUUGCGGAGAACAACGUCAACAACGACAACCACAGUCUGCCAAAUGGUUCUAUCAGAGUCUGCUCAGAGUGCAACACCACAAAAACCCCUCUGUGGAGGAGCGGCCCUGGGGGCCCUAAGGUAUCGCCACUCCCCACUUCAUCUCUCUCUCUCUCUCCCCCCUCCCUCCCCCCUUCUUGUCGGUAGAGUAGGAAGCUGCGAAUUUUGGAAACCUGCACACACAUUAUGAAGCUCUGCUGAGAAUAUAUUACUUCUCUUUACCGUGGUCAAUCAGUUCACCCCAUAAAAACUAGAUCUAUUUGCAGCUGGGAAUUAUGUACGCCUGAUCUUGCUAACGUUUCAAUCUCUCGUCUUCCUGCGCUUUUACUUUGCGGUGCAGUCUCUCUGCAAUGCCUGCGGGAUACGACAGAGGAAGGCGAGGAGAGCCAUGGCCGCCGCAGCCGCCGCCGUCACAGGCGGCUUGAUCCCGGCGGUUGCACCGGUGGUGAAGGUGAGGAAACAGAAGAGAUCUGGCGGCGCCUGUGCCGUUCCCUUCAAGAAGAGGUUCAAGUGCUUCGCCGCCGCAGAAACUCGCCACAAGCUCCACUUCGAUGAGCUCACCAUCGCUCUGAGCAAGAACUCGGCCUUCCAUGGCGUCUUCCCACAGGACGAGAAGGAGGCGGCGAUACUGUUGAUGGCGCUCUCCAGCGGUCUCAUCCGCGGCUGA